CGGCGGCGACCACACGCUUGACAGUUAAAAAUACAAUAACAGACAGUGACAGCGACAGGUCAAUGACGUUUGGCCUGUAUUCACACCAGAAAUUUAUAAUUUUACAAAACAAACAUGGACAUAAACGAUGAAACGCUUAAAGCCGACAUCAACAACCUUCUCACCUCCCUAAAAAACCUACUACCGAAGAAGAAAGAUAUUCCAUUCAUAAAGAUACAACCGCGAGCGAGGAUGACGCGGCUGAGUGACGUGCACUUGGAGGCCAAAACAGUGUUCCCCAACUGCUUCCUCGGCGCGAAAGUUGUCGUUCUAAGGCGAGUGAUGGAUCGACUCAAACUAGUCCAGGAGUACAACUUCGGAAAGCAAAAGGACACGUACAAGUCGUUCGAACAACUACUGCAGAAGGAAAUGGAGCCAAAACCCGACGGGAAAAUAACCAUCGACCUCGCGGGAGCUAUCACAGCUAGCUACACGGAGAGAAUAGACGGAGGAUACGAGAUGAGGCUCACGUCUAAAAUCAGAGAUAUCAUUUCAUCAGACACCGAGUUACUAUUCGAAAGAACCGCUGAGAAAUCCGUCGGCUCGAUUGGAUUCUCCCUCAAAGACAUUGACCCUACUAAUAUGAAGGUUGUGACUCAGUACAUACACAAGGUCUACCCUGGCUGCAGUUUGGGGACAGAGAUUAGUUUCAGGCCGCUUUCCUACCCGAUAGUGCCGGAAUAUUCGCUGAGCGCGCGCUACGAGCGGCCGAGCUUUGUGGUGUCUUCGACUGUUGCAAAGACAGGCUUCCAGAUCUGCUUGUACAAGCAGUUUGCUCCAGGUCUCGGCAUAGCGACGGUGGUGAAUGAGGGCCACAGGGGCGGGCCCGCCAUCCUUGGCUUCGCGCUACAGAAGCAGUACGACAACGGAUCAGAGUUGAAGAUCUUUGUGGACUCGCAGCGGUGUGGAGGGUUCACGUUGCAGAAGGAUGUCGUCUUCCAAGAACACAGUGCUGACGACCGCGUCCUGCGAUUGGUCGCCAGCACUCUCAUAGACCGGCAACGGAGGGUACGGCUAGGGUUCGGUUUCAACCUAGAUUUCUAGAAGUUUCUUCCAUGCCGCUGAGGCGAUUCAGUGUCCUAAGCCAUCGAUGUCGCGUUUUGUAGAAUUAUUUGUUUGUAUAUAAGUAUACAUAGGUUUUAGUAACAGUUUUUAUGGAUGUAUUAUUGGUAAUGUUUUGUAUGUUCCUACUUAUCAUGUGAAGGUAACGCUCUCGUGGUGGCAGUAAAUUUUAUGAGACUUA